ACGCGGUGCGUGGACGCACCAUGGAUUCACAGAAGUUCUGCUUGAAGUGGGAUGGCUUCCAAGGCAGCGUCACCUCCUUGUUUGACGACCUGAGGGUGGACUCAGAACUGGUAGAUGUCACGCUCUGCUGCGAGGGACAGCGGGUGCGAGCCCACAGGAUGAUGCUCUCGGCCUGCAGCCCUUACUUCAGGGAGCUGUUCAAGGGUCUGCCAUGCCAGCAACUGGCAGUGUUCCUAAAAGACACCUCAGCCGCAGAUCUCACUGCAAUAGUGGAGUUCAUGUACAAGGGCAAGGUGAACGUGUCACAGAGCCAGCUGGCCAGCUUCAUCAAGACGGCGGAGAUGCUGCAGAUCCGGGGACUGAGCGGCGAGGAGGAUAAGGGGCCACCUCCACCCCGGCACACCACCACUCCUCGACCUACGGCGCCCUCUGGACGACAGAUGGCGCCACCAUCGCCAGCAGCAAGACGUCCCCCGGAGCCAUCUCUCCCUCCACCUCCACCACCAAGACCGCCGUCACAGCAACAUCAUCAUCAACAUCAACAUCAGUCGCAUCACCAACAGCAGCAGAAGACACCAGCUAGUCCACCCGCUAAACGGCGUCGUGUAUCCGAACCGAUUGUCUGUUCUGAAUCAUCCCUUCCUCCACCAUCACCAAGCGGAGUUACGACACCGUCAGCUUCACCGCGAUCGGCGUCUCUUCCUUCGCCAGGGGCUUCUGCAUCUUCUGCGGUGCAGGCUCCAGCAGUACAAAGAUCUCAGUCAGCUCCUCAUGAGUCCUCUAAAGAUGCUGUACAUGACGAUCAACUUGAGCAGAAAUAUGAUGACGCCAUACAGGAUUAUGGUGAUGGCGAGCAGGAACAGCAUGAUGAGGGAACUCAAGAAGGAUAUCCUCAGCAACAUGGUAUCCAGCAGGAUCAUGACGCCUCUCAGGGUCAACAAGGACCAAACUGUGGGUCGGGUACUAGCGCCGUGAAGAUUGAAAAGGUCGAUCUUACCGAUGAUGAUGAUAUGAGUCUGGGCGACACUCUGGAUCACGUAGCGGAGUUGGAGAGGUAUGCAGUUGAUGGACAUGCAGCCUCGCCUGCGGUUCAGGGUCAGCUGCAUGGUCAGCAACUGAUGCAGCAACAUCAGCAGAGGGUCAACUUCGCGACAGCAAUGGCGCGACAGAUGGGGUCAGCACCGGGUCCUUCACAACGCCUCUCAGAGGACGGAAACUCGACAGGUAACUCCACCGCUCGGUUCGCGUGCACCAUAUGCGGCCAGUGCUACUCCAAUCCCGACUCUCGCCAGAUGCAUAUGAAGAAACACUCGGGUGAAACAACUUGCCCCGUCUGUGGUAAAGUUUAUAGCAUGGUCCACAACCUGAGGAGACAUAUGAGAUCGGCGCAUGAUACUCCACAGCAGCAGUUAAGAGCGGUAAUGGGUGCUGCCAUGCAAGGGCAUGACUUGCCCUGAGGAUGAUGUCGAACGUUAUGAGAACGGCGCAUGAUACGCCACAGCAGCAGUUGAAGGCGGUGAUGGGGAUGGCGAUACAAGGACAUGAGUUGCCCUGAUGUUGAUGUCGAACCAGCAGUUGAAGGCGGUGAUGGUGACGGCGAAGCAGGGACAUGCGUUACCCUGAGGCUGAUGUCGAGCGUAUUACGCAAGUGUGGACUGCCCAUGACACCAGCGGUAGCGGAGGACGAUGAUGGUGUUAACGAUGCAGGGACAUGAGUUGUCGUAAGAAAGUGUUCGAUAUGUCGGUUGAAGGAGGAGAUUGGCGUAAUACCGAAAUGCGGACUGCUGAGUUCGUGUCAACAGUAAAAGUAGCCAGUUCAAAGUGGUUAUGUGGUGAAGCUAGGACACUUAUUGCCGUGAAAAAGUGGUUAGCAUGUCGAUUGUGAACUUUGGAGCAGAAUGGUGUAAUACGCUAACGAUAGCAAUGACAACAAACUAUUUCAAAUAACGAUAGCAAUGACAGCAGUUGAAGGCGGUGAUGACUACGUGAGAUCGAUGUGGACUGUGUAGCGGUUAAAGGUAAGCGUGGGCUCUCCAGUGCUCAUAGCUACGGCAGGGACAUGCCCUGCCCUGAAUUUGCUGUUAAGCAUGUGGAUUUGAUAAGAUUAACGUAAUACGCAUAGGCGGAAUGUCUCUAACAAAGGCAGCUAGGGCGUGUAUGGGGUCGACAUUGGAAGGACAUUUUCUGCCUGAGGCUGAUGUUGAUGAGUGUGGGUUUUGAAGAGUAGAUGGGCGUAGUACAACACCGCAUCGCUAAAUAGUAGUAAAUGAUGAUGAUGGUGAUUAUAAGCCGACAUGUCUUGCCCUAAAACUGCUAUUCGCUGUUCAGUGAGUGAUCAAUGAGACGAUCAUAUAUUGUAUUCUUGCUUUUGAUCUAGCUGAGAGUGAGACCUACACUAGCUAGAUGUACGCACAUGUGGAACUUGCUGCGAUUGCAGUGUUCAUCUUCAGACAACCACACGCUUAUAGAGAAACGAUUUGAGGAAAAUUCAGGGAUAUACGUUGCGCUGAGCUUAGGUGUCAGUGUUUAGACAGGUCAGUUAAGAGCGAUAACAUGCUGAAAGAACACUUCUUGUCCUCAUCUUGUUCAGCGUGGAACGGUUUUAUAUAAAAAACAAUGUAUGUAGUUGUACAUCUUUAUAUUUGAUUCAUAGGCAUGGUAGGUUGAGCGAUGCUUUCAUUCAUGUCGUGAGCUUGUUCUGGAGGAUAAUGUUCAGCGUACAAGUGGGUUCAAAGUGAUCACAAUACCUGAUAAGGCCAAUGUAGGAAGAUGUUCCCGACUGGGAUUGUCGACUGGGAAGAUGUUCCCGACUAUCAGUGUUGCUUUUGAAAGCGAAGGUACAUGGUCAACAGGCAGCGAAGUAUUUGUGGAUACACAUCACAACUUUUUCUGUCGCGCUUUUUCAAACCAGUUGCGUUUGUCGCUGUCCCCAUUCCUGUUUGUCUUUUUUUUUUAGUUUUUUACAGUGCUGUGCAGAACCUACGUGCAGCAAAAGCUUGUUGUUUUGUUUGCCUUUUUACUAUUGACAAAAUAGCUCAGAUGUUAGACCAUAUUUGAGGUACGUGUAGGCCUGGAAUGCGAACUGCAUAAGCGUAGGUUGACUAUGUGAAUCGAUUGUGUAAAAGUUGCAAUCUGUAACAAGUUGCGCCUCAUGUAAACACAUGCAGUUGAUCAUCCUAAAUAAAAUCACAUUCUUAUGAACAUCAUCUGGUGGAUUUUAUUUGUUUCACUUUCACUUUGAUUCUGCCAUAUGUUUAUUGUUACACAUACAAUUAUGGUUCUUGUGUAUUGUAGGGUGAGUCACAAUACAUUGUAUGACAUGUAUGAGUGCUACACUUGUCCUUUAAACAACACUAAUUACGAUAAAAAUCACUCUU